AUGUGGAAGAUAUUUGGUGGAAAAAACAAGGAACAACCGCCAACAACGCAGGAAGCGAUUCAAAAGUUGCGGUCCACUGAAGAAAUGUUAACGAAGAAAAGUGAAUUUUUAGAAAAGAAGAUCGAUCAAGAAGUAGCAACGGCAAGGAAGAAUGCUUCAAAAAAUAAGAGAGGUUAGGCUUUUCUCCCAGUUAUACAGGUUUAAAUUCUUACACCAGCAAUCAGUGUCGAACCAUUGUAGGAAUCAAAAUGGAUCUCAGUAGUAAUCAAUAUAUUUACCGUGUGGUAAUGUUCUUUGACAUGCUAAAUCUUAAAUGUUACUUAAAUGUUAUUUUCAGCUGCCUUAAUGGCUUUAAAGAGGAAAAAAAGACUUGAAAAACAACUGCAGCAAAUCGAUGGAACCUUAUCUACUAUCGAAUUUCAAAGAGAGGCUUUGGAGAAUGCGAAUACUAACACUGAAGUCCUUAAGAAUAUGUCAUAUGCUGCAAAGGCGCUGAAGUCAGCUCAUCAACAGCUGUGAGUAUAUUUUAAAAAAAUCUAUUAGCAUACAUUUAAACUGUACCAACUAUCUAGGCUGGCAGUUAAGUUUGAAACUGUACAGUCAGUUAGAUCAUGCACAAUUCUUGGGAGGCGAGUUGCCAAUUUUGCACUUGAUGCAGUAACAGCGUACAUGUAAAUUACAAACACACUGUUGAUUUAAUUAGCUUUAAAAGAUACAUUGUUUACUGACGUGAUGGCUCAACCACAUGCCAGUUGGCCACAGUUUUAAUAAUGUGAAAGAGACAUAUUUUACUUAGUUAAUUUGGAGUGCGAGCUAAACAAUCACGUAUUUUCAUCCAUCUUCAUAUUUAUCACACAGUAUAGCCUGCAAGGAAGCUCUCCUGUGGUUUCCAGGAGUACAGGGGUGGGGGAGGGAAGAGGGGAAGGAGAGCUUGCACUUCCGUCUUAUAAAUUUGAAUAUCUGUGUCCCAAAAUGGGAUGCGAACUGCUGAUUGGCUGAUUUUUAAUCAGGUGAUGACGUUAUGUUCUCUUGGGAGAGCUUGCUCGCAUGCUAAAUGGCCAGACAACUUCAUCAGUGUGAAACUUUUGAAAACCUUUUAAAUAUUGUUCUAACGUAAACGAGAAGUUCUCUUUCAGAGAUUUAAUGCUUUUAAAAUUAGACUAUAGGUGGGUUAUUUGCUAGUUGCUGUAGCUUCUUUGCAGUGGAUAGAAAAGGACUUGUGGUAGAAUUUGUAUUGUAGUGGGGGGAAAAUAUGUAUAAUUUCAGCAUAUUAUGAAACAAACAAAUUCAGUUCGGUGUAUUCCUGUCAAUUUGUAAUCUGUUUAUAGCAGGAGAGAGACAAUUUAUUUAGUUUUUCUGGACAUCUUUGUUUCUAAAUACUUUUGCAGGAACAAUUUUACUCUGAGUUCAAUGUACAUCACAAAGCUUGCAAAAUAUCUUGUCUCAGUGCUGACGCCUGAAGCAGGCAUUAGUGGUGGUUUGCCACUUUUUGAACGUUCUCUGUUGAUCUUUUUUGCUGGGGCCAUACUUUCAGGGCUUCGUUCAGUCGUGGGAAAUUCAUCUUUUGUGCACUGUUUUUAUGUUUGUUUACAAUCAACACUCAUUUCUGCUCCACAUUGAUUGGUCAAAACUGACAGCUCUGUUCGUUGACGGGGAGCCACAGGGGCACUGGAGGUGGAAUUCAAAUUCCAGAGACAUGAUUGCUAGCUUUCUCUCCUUUUUUGCCUCACCACCAGAUUGCCCUGGGAGAGCUUGCUCUUAGGCUACGUACGCUAAUGUACAUUGCUUGAACAAGCAAACAGUAUAAGACCACCCAUUGCAGAAAGUGUACCAAAAAAGGCUUUGUAGGUAUUAACUUCUGAAAGUGUGGCAUCUAUUUAGUGUUUGAUAUUGGCCCCUUGUUCCUGUUUGGGCUUGCUUUUUUUUUGUAGAUGUUGCUAAAUGAUCAAAAAUUUUAAUCACACCACAGGUGUGGGAUGAAAAUGUGGACUAGGUUAAACAUGGCAAUUUAGCGGCAGAUUUGAUUGAAAUGGUUAGAUGGUCAGACCUCUUCUUAUGCGAUGCUGGACAGAAAUGUUUGGUCAUUUAGCCAGAGUUUAUAGUUUUCCAGUCAGCUGAAAUCGAGAUUUUAAGAAUGAGGCUUGUGGAUUGUUCAGUCACCUCAGUGGUCUGUCUACCAGGUCAAAGUAUAAGUAUAGUUACGGGGUUCUUACAGGUCAUGCAAAACCUUGAAAGUUAUGAAAUUUAAGAGUUUCAUUUUUCAGGCCUGGAAAGUCAUAGAAUAUAAUUGACAGUCCUGGAAAGCUAUGGGAAAUAUUUUUAUUAUUAAGGUUAUGCUUGAUAGAUUAGUAUUACUGCAGAUGUCAAAGCUAGGAUGAUGUACGAUAAAGACAAAUAAUUAAAUGGCACACAUUUUGGUAUACACAACAGUUUGUGUCUGUUGAACUGAGUUAGGUCAAAAGCUACCCUGAAACAAGUAAAGAUUUGAAAAUAUUUGAAAGUGAAAGUUUCAGUUUCAGUUUAUUUAUUUGCCAGAAAAAAAAAACACAUAUANGGUUAGAUGGUCAGACCUCUUCUUAUUCGAUGCUUGACAGAAAUGUUUGGUCAUUUAGCCAGAGUUUAUAGUUUUCCAGUCAGCUGAAAUCGAGAUUUUAAGAAUGAGGCUUGUGGAUUGUUCAGUCACCUCAGUGGUCUGUCUACCAGGUCAAAGUAUAAGUAUAGUUACGGGGUUCAUACAGGUCAUGCAAAACCUUGAAAGUUAUGAAAUUUAAGAGUUUCAUUUUUCAGGCCUGGAAAGUCAUAGAAUAUAAUUGACAGUCCUGGAAAGCUAUGGGAAAUAUUUUUAUUAUUAAGGUUAUGCUUGAUAGAUUAGUAUUACUGCAGAUGUCAAAGCUAGGAUGAUGUACGAUAAAGACAAAUAAUUAAAUGGCACACAUUUUGGUAUACACAACAGUUUGUGUCUGUUGAACUGAGUUAGGUCAAAAGCUACCCUGAAACAAGUAAAGAUUCGAAAAUAUUUGAAAGUGAAAGUUUCAGUUUCAGUUUAUUUAUUUGCCAGAAAAAAAAAACACAUAUACAUACAAACGUUCAAUAUAUUACAAAAAUGUUAUUGAAAGAUUAAUUGGACGUAAAUUAUAAGUAAAAGAAUUAAAAGUAUUUUUCUGGCAAGGAAGCUCAAAUGGAACCUUGGGGCUUAUUGAAUGAGCUCCCUCCCUAACCUAACAUUAAAUAUAAAGAAUAAAUAAGCGGCAAAAUCAUACUGAAGUUUCCAUGUAAGAUUUUCAUCAAGGGUCACACCCUACAAUAUAGAAUCCCUUACUCGCUCAAUGGCGCAAUUACUUUAAUAUUUCUAGUUUAAUAUCAAGGUUUUGCCUUUUCUGCCUGGAUUUGAAAACCAUAAAUUUUGACUUUGAAUAAUUAUUGAUAACUUAUUAGCCUGGUACCAAUUUGUCAGUUUCAAGAGCUCCUCAUUCAAGGUCUUUUCAAGAAAGUCAACAUUUUUUUGAGAAAAGAAUAUGUUAGUGUCAUCUAACUCAUUAUGAGAAUAGGGGUCGUUAAGAAAGCUUUUGUACGACAGAUUUUUUUUCUAAUCGAUUUUGAAAGGCCCUUUGUAAACCAAGGCUUACGAAGAGCUUGUUUUUUAGCCUUAACCAGUGGAAAGAAGAGGUUAUAAAGUUAAACUUAAGGUCAUGGAAAACUUGAAAAGGUCAUGAAAAAAGUCAUAAAAAGUCAUGGAAUUUGAAAAGUUUAAAAGAGUACGAACCUUGUAGUUAGAAAAAUGUCUUUGCUUUCUGUAAUUACAUGUAUGCUGAAAUUAAUACCCUGUCACUUUGUCUGCUUUGUGCGUCAUUUUCCAUGUGUUAAUAAAAGUAGAAACCUGUAUUCCUUGUUCUUAAAACUUGUGGCACCAAACUACAAGGUAUGGCACUUUGGUGCCAAAAGUACCAUUUUGUCGAGAACCUAAGAUAUUUUCUAGUCACUUGCACAGCAUAAUUGAUAAAGCGUGUGCAACAGCCAGCUCCUGAGAUGUCCUCUACCCAACACAUAAACACUGCACCAGUACAUACACCAGUAAACAGUACUUCAGGCAUGCUUCUCUCACCUGGUUUGUUUUCCCUAAUAUGUGGCCUUGUGAUUGUCAUAAUUUGCUGAUAAUAUUGUGAUAUGUAUCAUGUCAUCCAUGGACUGAUCUUUUACCUUCUGACUUAAAUGGUAACAGCACUCCUAAGUCUAUGGUGAGAAACCAAUAUGUCAGACAAAGGCAGUUAAGCUAUGUAGCCAGCAUUGGUGAAUCUUUCCUCUUAAAUAUGUAUAGGUCACAGCCUAAUGAACUGUUUUUCUGUAUGGCAGUUGAAGUUGUAGUGUGGCCUGCAUAAAAGUGCCAUGCAACUUGAAUAGCAGAAAGGAAAUCACUGAUUUUCCAUUGCUUAUGCAACUUGUAGACCAAAAUCUCACCUGUACUGUUUAUUAUUAUUAUUCUUUUUGUUAUCAGUACAUGUAUUCUUCUUCUUCUUUUUCUUAUUAUUUUUAUUUUACAGUUUGUGAAUAUAAUGGUUGUACAUGAGUAUGCUCAUGAAUGAGCAACUUUCCAUUUCGUAUUACAUUCAUUUUUUUUUUCACCCCCUACAGUGAUGUUGAUGAUGUCCAUGAAAUGAUGGACGACAUUCAGGAACAGACAGAGCUUGCCGAUGAAAUCUCUAGGGCUAUAUCAGAACCAGCUGGCUUUGGAAUGGAUGUCGAUGAAGUGAGUAUUCAGAAUGUUAUUGCUACUUUUCAUAAUGAAUUUGUUACAACAUUGAUGCUUUCCUUUUUUUUAAUACACAAGAGAUUUUCUUACCUAAUCAGAACUGAUCAUAAACUAUAGUAGACGACUGCUAACAAAUCAACUACUCAAAUCUGAUUCUUUGUUGGGGUUUACAGAUGUAUGACAAGGGUUUGUGUGCUACUUAAUUACUGGGGUAAAUUUUUGUAUGGAAUGUAGGCCACUAGAAAAUAGCCUGCAACACAGGUGGAACUAAACUCUUGUUAAGUCUGUCCACAAAACAGUGCCAAAAACCUUAAUCUGCAGUGGCGGAUCCAGGGGGGGGGGUCAGGGGGUCAGGGACCCCCUUGCUUCUGGCCCCAGCCGAGACCGCCCCCCCUCCCAUCUCAGGAACUGGAUGAUCGGGCCCCCUCCUUAUCUGAAGGUCUGGAAUCCGCCACUGUUCUGGGCGCCCACCUGUGUACCAGGAUUUGAGAAUGCACAAUGAUUGGCCUGUUUAAAAGCCAUUGUCAAUUUGCUAAUCAGGGUGAAUAGAAAUUCAAAAUGUAUUUGUGGUAAUUUGUUGAGUCUGCUGGGGGCCCAGAACGAAGAUACUGGUGCUGUUUAUUUGUUUGCCAAGUAAAGCAUUCAUCUUUGUUUACGUCUCAUGUGACAAACUUCUAAUGCUCCAUCAAAUUUAGGAUGAGCUUAUGAAUGAGCUUGAAGAGUUGGAACAAGAGGGACUGGAUGAACAACUGCUAGAAGUUGGCGGAACAGCUAGUCUGCCAAAUGUUCCUUCCACAGAACUACCAGCUCAACCAGGUUAGUUUCCAUUCAGGUCCAACUGAUUUCAUGUUCGGUCCUGUUUUAUGUUUAGGCUUAUUUGCCAUUGUAAAUUAUUCACAAUGAUUUAUUAUUUACUAUAAUAAUAUAAUGGUGUUGUUUUAGAAAAGAUCCAUUCUAUAUGGAUUUUGAAGGUUUUUGGUUUGAACUCUAUCCAUCCUCCCCACUUCCUGCAAAUUACAGUUUAUCUUCAGACUUUUGUAAAUUUUAAAAUUUGGGUUUUAUGAUCCUCCUCCCCCUCAGAAAUUCCUCCUCCAUAGGAGGAAUAUGGGUAUUUUCUGGAAACACAUUGUGUAAAGAUCAAAUAUUUAUUUUACAUUCCAACUGUGUGCUGGAAACACAGUGAUGUUCUCAUGCUUGUCAUUUUAUACAAGUUGUAUUUACUUUUAUUGGUAGUAUAAAGUCCUUUAUGUCAUGAGCCCUUAUUCACCUUCCAGCCACAGGGCUAUCAAUAAGGGCCGGUAGCUAGCCAAAACUGCUGGCUAGUUAGUCAUCCUUUGCUGGCUACUUUUGUCUCCUUCUACCAUAACUGCAAACAAAAGAUAUGCACCACCUAGUAAAAUUUGUAAAGCAUCCGUUUCCCAGUUUUGAAUGACAUUGAACACAUAUCUAAACAAGUUUAGCUCUGUGAAACUUUCGAACCGUGCAAUGUCGUGGAAUGCCUGGGACAUUUAGACAGCAUUGUGCCCAGUCUUGCAUUUAUUCUGAUGAAGUAACAUGGCGUCCAUGGUGGAAAAUACCUCUUGAAAACCCCUGGAAAUGGCAUUUUAUUUUUCCGAGACUUGAAAUUAUUUUUUUAUUUUUUAAAUUUAUUUUUGACCAACUAGUUGGAUUUUACUAAAACAAUAUUAUUCCUCUCACCCUCAUGGCCUCAGAGUCAAUAGCCCAUUCACAUGUUGGCUUUAUGGGCUAUUGACUCAGAGCCCAUUCAGGCUCGAGAAAUAAUUGUUAAAUAUCCUGAUGUAUAUUCUCCCCAUUACUCUUGAAUCAUAUGUCUCCUAUGGUAUAUUUCCUAUUGUUCACAAUCAAGACCAUUUUAAAGUACAGGCCUCAGUUGUUUGAAGGCCAAUUAAUGCUAACCCCGGGUUGAAUUUUAAUCUGGGUUUCUUUUUCUUUUGUCCAAAAGCAUUUUUCCUAAAUAAUUUUCCCAUUUUUCAGAUCAUAAAAUCAUCAAGUUGUGGGGAAAAAUAAUAAAACUGAAUUUGCGUUGAAAGCUCUCGUUUCUGAAUUUAAAUUUCACACUUACUUGGGUUAUCUUAACCCAGCUUUGAACAACCCAGCUGAGAUCAUUAAGGUUGUUCUCGUGAUCUUUACUCAAGUAGUGUUUUUUCAGUGAAAAACUAGAUGCAGGUCACUCUUCUGGGUUAGAGUUAAACUAAUGUAAUAAGAGUCUAAAAAGUGUAUCAAGCUCUUAAGGUUCAUGUGUACCAAGUUUUUCAUAUCUGUUUCUUCUAUUUCUAGCCAAAGCUAAGGCCAAAGCAGAAGAUGAUGACUUGAGAGAACUUGAAGCUUGGGCAUCUUAG